AUGUCGGACAAUGGUACAAAUUUUAUAGGCGCUAGUAAGUCAUUGCUAAAGGAGUAUUCGUUAUUUAUUAAACAAUCCUCCAAGGAUAUAACAGAUAAAUAUGCCAUUAAUGGACUUGAGUGGAAGUUCAUUCCACCUAGCGCCCCGCAUAUGGGAGGUUUAUGGGAAGCUGGCGUCAAAAGCUUCAAAAUCCACUUUAGGAAAAUUGCUGGCACACAUAAAUUUAAUUUUGAAGAGUUCUCUACUCUGCUUGCGCGAAUAGAAAGUGUUCUAAAUUCACGACCAAUAUCACCUAUGUCAGAAGACCCAGAUGACCUGCAGGCCCUUACUCCGAGUCAUUUUCUGCGCGGUGCGCCAUUGGUAUUCGCGCCAGAAAUACCGCCUGACAAUUUGUCGUUAUUGAAUCGCUGGGAACGACUGAAAACACUACAUCAUAAAUUUGGUCAACGAUGGAAAAAUGAGUACCUUCUGGAGCUGCACAAGAGGUACAAAUGGCAGAAUCCACGACGGGAUCUACAGACUGGUGAUUUCGUUAUCAUCAAGAAUGAGCUUCUUCCUCCAUGCGACUGGUGGUUAGGCAGAAUAGAAGCCGUACACGUUGGUCGGGAUAAGCGCAAUGGAUCCAGCCCAAACCCCAGAAUUGUGCGUUGUGUGUUUUGCAUACCACCCAUUGAGAUAUUGCAAGAUGUUCCGCAAGUUGACAUUGGAGCAACGACUUUAUGUGGUGAGAACCCAUAA